GCAGCUAACUUUUGUCAUCUGCCUGUCUGUUCUUCAGCUCUUCACCGACUAGCAACUGGUGAGGACAGCGCCUACAGCGGACCCGGUCUGUCUGUCGCUGGUCUUCCCCAGCCGCGGCUCUACGCAAAACCAAAGCCAAAAUCAAACAGGGCGGUGAUUGUAAACGCUAUCAGUCACUGCUGUCUGGCCGGCACAGUCAAUGACUCCCUCAAGAAAACGACCCUCCAGGAACUCGCGGCGGUGGACGGGUCCCACUUCAUCGUGCUUUUCCGCGACUCACGUUGCCAGUAUCGAGCUCUUUACGCAUUCGAUCAUGAAUCGGAGGAGCUUAAUCUGAUUUCGGGUAACGGCCCCCGUAAAAUCAUGCAUAAAAUGGUGGACAAAUUUUUCAAGUACAACAGCGGCCUAAAACAGUUCACGGAAAUAACGUCCACGAAACACCUGAGCACUGUGGUGGAUGCCAUUACCAUUAAAAACAGCUACUGGGCCCGCAAUUCUUCUAUAACCCCUGCGACCUCGUCGGUCAGGGCAAGCUUAUCCCUAAGUGGUAAUUCGUGA